AUGAGAAAUGCCGCGGAAAUAGUAAUUUUUCAGACACAGCCAAAGAAGGUAUGCUCCCAAAUUGGAAUGUGCACGUUUGAUGGGACUCAUGGUGUUAGUAUGGGUAUCCAGAGUGUGGUGCCACAAACUGAUAGAAUAUCACCGGGCGGUCAUCAAGAUGCUACAUGUUCUGUAUGUGAAAUGGCUAUCGUUUGGAUGCAAAGCCAGCUGAAGCAGAAUCAAACAGAAGAGCAGAUAAUAAACUACGCCGAUGCGCUUUGUGAUAAAAUACCUAACCCAAUGGAUGCUUUCUACACUCAUUAUAAUGGUUGA